CCGUGGAGUCAAUGCGACCGAACGGUUCAAUGACUUAGGCGACCGUUUCUAUUUUCUCUCUGGUUUUGUCGUCGGGUCGGCCCGCAAGGAAGGGGUCUUUGUUUGCGUUUCACGUUCGCGUCGCACGGUAUCAUCUGCGACCGCGGCUCCAUCGUAUCGUUGCCGAGACGGAAUGUGCCCGCAUAAGUGGAAGCGUGGGUCUCGCUCCUCCCGGUCGAUGUGAAAUGUCGUGCAGUGUGCCAGAGUGGCGCCGUCAUCUAGUGCAAGUGCAGUGAGGUGCAGUGGUGUGUGCGAGCGCGCGUGGGUCGACUUGGCCACGGCGAGCGAAGUGCGCGGAGGUGGCGGCGGCCGCGCGGCCAUGACCGGCGACAUGCCUCUAGGGAGCGCGCACGCGUUCGGGCGCGCGUUGCUCCGGGACGGGGCGCUGCCGCCGCUCGAGCCGGGCCCGCCCGCUCCACCGGCCAACAACGCGCAGCCGCCCGACAAGCGGCCACCAGCGGCGGCCGCGAGCCCUGAGCAGGUCAUGAAGCUCUACAUGAGCAAGCUCACCCCCUAUGAACACCGUGAGAUAUUUGAUUACCCCCAAGUGUACUUUAUAGGCGCGAACGCCAAGAAACGUCCCGGGUUGGUCGGGUUUCCGAACAAUUGCGAUUACGACAAUGAGCAAGGCUCAUACAUCCACAUACCGCACGAUCACAUAGCAUACAGAUACGAGGUGCUCAAGGUGAUCGGCAAGGGUAGUUUCGGUCAGGUGGUCAAGGCGUACGACCACAAGAAGCGCGAGAACGUCGCACUGAAGAUGGUGCGCAACGAGAAGCGGUUCCACCGCCAGGCGCAGGAGGAGAUCCGUAUCCUGGAGCACCUCCGCGAGCAGGACAAAGACAACACGAUGAACGUGAUCCAUAUGUUUGACUCGUUCACGUUCAGGAACCACACAUGCAUCACAUUUGAGUUACUGUCGAUCAACUUGUACGAGCUGAUAAAGAAGAACAAGUUCCAAGGGUUCUCGUUGCAGCUCGUCCGCAAGUUCUCGCACAGCCUGCUGCAGUGCCUGCACGCGCUCAACAAGAACCGGAUCAUACACUGCGACAUGAAGCCGGAGAACGUGCUGCUCAAACAGCAGGGACGCUCUGGAAUCAAGGUGAUAGACUUCGGCAGCUCUUGUUAUGAGCACCAGCGGGUGUACACGUAUAUCCAGUCGAGGUUCUACAGGGCGCCCGAGGUGAUGAUGGGCGCCAGGUAUGGCAUGCCCAUCGACAUGUGGUCCCUAGGGUGCAUACUGGCGGAGCUACUUACAGGGUUCCCGUUACUCCCAGGCGAGGACGAGGCGGAUCAGAUGGCGUGCAUCAUCGAGCUGCUGGGCAUGCCGCCACAGAAACUCAUCGAACAGGGCAAACGUUCCAAGAACUUCAUCAGCAGCAAAGGUCUUCCCCGGUACUGUACGGCUACUACACUAGCUGAUGGUACUACUGUUCUUAGUGGAGGAAUGUCAAGAAGAGGCAAGCCCAGAGGUCCUCCAGGGUCAAAAAGUUUUGUCACCGCUCUCAAGGGGUGCCAAGACAAAUUCUUUAUUGAUUUUAUAAGAAGGUGCCUGGAGUGGGACCCUGAGAAACGGCUGACGCCGGCGCAGGCGCUGCGACACGCGUGGCUGCGCCGGCGCCUGCCGCGGCCGCCGCACGACGAGGAGGCUGCGCCCGCGCUGCUCCCGCUCCCCCACUCCCUGCCCGCCAACCACACGAGCGGCGGGUGCGUGGGUGGCGCGGGCGCGGGCGCGGGCGGGUCGGGGGGCGCGCGCGGCGGCUCGCUGCGCACGCCUCUCGCGCGCACGCCCGUCACCUUCAAUGCCUCGCAAGUCGCCAAAGCGAAACUGCAGGCGGCCCUGUCGGAGGAAAGCGGCGGUGGCAGCACGACCAGCGGCGUGAGCGGCGUGAGCGCGGUGAGCGCAGUGAGCGGCGUGAGCGGCGUGAGUGGCGUGAGCGGCGGCGGCGCGCACGGCAUGGCGCGCUACUGGGGCGCCAAGCUGCCGCACCUGGGCGCGGCGUCCUAGCGGCCGGCGUCGGCGCGGCGCCUGCGCCCCGGCCGCCUGGAGCCCGAGCGCCGCUCGCUGGACCUGGAGCGCGAGCUGCGCCCCGACCGCGACUCCGACGUGUCGCUGGACGACCGCGACCACCUCGUCUGACCCCGCCGGGCCCUAUUGAUCUCACUAACUAAGUUAUACGAGCGUGUAGUGGAUUGUGCGAGUGCCGACUCGUGUUCUAUGUGUUGUCGACGUGGACGUUCGGGUGUGUCGGUGUUAGUGCCUGUGAGUCUCGUUUAGCGUUAGGGAACCCUCGACCACCGUUCGGGGAACGAUCCCCGAUCGUUUCGCCGAGAACGACUCGUGAGCCGUCGAGGGGACGUUCCCGGGCCGGGCGACGUCGGGUCUUGCGCCGCAAGAUGGCCGACCGCGCCCGCCCGCGUGCGAGACGCUCGCACACCAAUUCCCCCUCGAAGCUGUAGAUUAAGCGAACUUGUGUGACUAAAAUAAUUUAACAUUUUUCUACAGAAUCAAAUGUCAUUCGUUCAUUUUAAUUUUAAACAAAUCGAUUUAAGUUACAUUUUGUGUAAUUAGUUAAUUUUUCUCAAGUGAUAUAAUGAAGCUGUAUUCGUAACGAAAUGGUGACCUUAUAAUCGGAAUUCUUAAAGGAUAUAAGGGUAGUUAGUUACAAGGCCUUUGAAACUAGGUUAAGGAGCUAUGCUACGCUAUUUAUUUGUCGACUAGCGUAGUAAAUGUCAUUGUUGUGAAUCAUCGAUAUCAUUUACGUUAUGAUUUGAAGCGCUUAUGUAAUCGUACGGUAGCCGCAUGUAACGCCCGGGCCCGCGGGGUGCGCGGCCCGUAGCGCAUUAAGUACAUUUUACAACAUACGUUAUUUUACUACUCGUUUACAGACGUUUGUCGUAUUAUUUUGUCGUCGGUAGUCUGUCAAACAUAUCAGGACGAGCAUUUCCUUCAGCCAGUAUGGUACAAUGAUCGAGGUAACUAGUCGGGCACCGAACCUAGUCCAAACUAUGUAAAGUUAGCUUGUACGUUAGCUUGUAAGAAUUGAUUCAAUGUAAGUGUGGAGCGAUUCUUGCGUAGUGACGAUUGCUUACCUCGACCAAGCCGAACAAACUAUUUUACUUGUGCACCGUUUGCACUGCUCCAGUGGUUUAGUCGAGUGGGCUAGUAGCUGCACGUAUUGUGAACAAAUGAAUUUUAGUUUAGUCAAUUGUUUUUGCUAGCUUGCCACUCGAGUUAAUCACUAGAUCACUGUGAACGGAGAUCCCACGAAGAUAGGCCGUCUUUUGUAAAGCGUUUGCCUGCCCAUUGACGUUUAGUUCAAACGGGUCAGUAAACCAGGCACUGUCUCUGUGUGAUCUAACUAACCAGUAAUUAUUCGAUACAAAAAUAACCCUUAUCACCUUGUAAUUAAGUGCAAUAUGUUUGACAUAAAAGUUUAAUUUCGUCUUCCUCAUAUUAUAUUAUAUUUGUAACGUUUUACAAAUGGCCUAUAAUGUUUAUUCAAUUAACAUGCAUUUUUUAUUAUUUUUUCGAUUUAGUUUGUAGAUUUUCUUGGAUAUUUGUAUGUAGACACGUGUAAUGGCUUACAAAUGAAAUGUAUUAUUUCAAUUUUGUGGGAUUGUAGUCCGAGCAAGCACUUAUGCAACUUUAUUUAUGUAUGUUAUAUAAUUAUCGUGUAUUGUGUACUUCUUGUAUAGGUUUGUAUUAUGUUUCACUAUUACUAUGUAACUAAGAUGGUCACUUCUACGAUCACUUGAUUUCUCCUAAUAUUGUAUAAUGUCUUGUACAAAAGUUUUGGAAAUAUUUUAGAUAUUUGAUACCCUAUUUAAUGCAGGACCAAUACCUGUGCAUUUUAUAUUAUAUAUGUAUAGAUAUCGACCAAUUGAACAAAAGGGUUCUUAUAUUUACGCGACGGGACCCUAAGUGUUAAAGUUCCGUACGUGCUUGCUUCCCCGAUUGUAUUUUAUCAUUUGACUAUCUCACUAUACUCAAUGUAGCAUUUUUAUUUCGAUAAAUUGUGUUUAAUUUGACUGCCGUUUUCUUAUAAUUAUGCUCAAUGAUAGUUUAAUGUCCUAGUACUCUGGAUUGUCUAAUAUAGGCAUUAACGAUUGUGCGAUGACCUUAGUUUAUUAUUUGUGACGCGGAGACACAUUGACUUGUGGGCAACGAGCGGACAUAUAGACAUAUGUCCGACAGUCACUCACGGGUCAUGUGUCGCCGCGCUUCCUAUAGCGUCUUAAGGUAUUUAGUCAAUUAUUGUAUAGCUUUUUUUUAACUUUGGGAACUCGAGGGCUGAUACACGUCAAGCAGCCCAGUAUUCACCUAGCGACCUUCGAAGUCGCCUCCCUUCGGCUCGGCUUGGCAUCGAUCAGUAUUAAUCAUUUUGUUCACCUCGACCACGACUCACAAAAUAAACUGCCAAGUACAUAUAGUUAAAUUAAGUAUCAUUUGCUAUAUAAUACUAUAGCAACAACUAGUUACUACAAACAUUAUUAGCUUUCGUUGGAACGCAUUUCUCUUAUACCUAGUUAUUUUUUGUGAAAUAUUUUUGUUCUCAUUUUAUAUGUAAAAGCUGGUGUUUCACCUUUGAAACUCGUUACUACAAUGUGAAUAUAAAAUAAAUGAGUUAUACAAAUAUA